AUGGGGUUAAUUCGUCCCGCGCAGAUAAUCAUCUCCGCCCCGCCGCUAAACCUUAGGUAUGCCGAGCCCCAGGCUGUACCCCGUACUCCAGCAGAGGAGACCCCUCUCGUCAAAUCGAUCAACCUACCUACUCCCGCAAUCAAUCCCGUGGCUACUUCUUAUGCAAUGGACCCCGACGGCACUCCCCCCUCCGACCAACAACCCCCCGUCUUCAACUACGUCCUCUCGUUCAUCCUCGUCGGUCUAGCAUGGGGGUUCACGACACCGUUUAUCCGUCGCGCAGCAGUGGAGUUUAAUGCGAGGCAGGAGGAGGCUGCCAGAAAGCAGCAGACGCAGAUGCAGUCGACGGGCGAGAGUUACCGCGAUGAUGAUGAUGACAGCGGCGACGACAAUGACAAUAACAACGAAAGAGCACGCGUUGGAAGGAGGCAUACAACAACCCCCGCAGCGCGUCCCUCGCAAUCUCCAUCUCCAUCUCCAUCGCAAUCCUUCCUCCUCGCAAAACUCACCUCCCUCUUCUGGACAGUCAUCAAUCUCCUCCGCACACCGGGCUACGCAAUCCCCCUCGUCCUGAACCUGACGGGUAGUAACUCUCCCUCACAGUCCCCAUCACCAACUCGAUGGCUUUCCUUUUCACUGUCCUCGGCGAGUGUUACUGAGUGGAUAGACAGAUUGAUUAGAGCCGCAGAUGCUCGCUCUGAUUAUCUCUAG